AGUAUACUCACAUAAAUAGAGAAUUAUGUCAGCAGUCAAAAAUUUACAGCCAAUAUUUCUUUAGUUUUCAUCUCAAUCUGAAGGUUUUCUUCUCAGGGACUCAACCAUGCCGCGUAAACGUCGACAAGAUUCUUCAGAAGUGAGCUGUUUAGUGAAAUAUUUGAUGUUUGGAUUCAAUGUUUUGUUUUGGUUGACGGGUACUGCAAUAUGUGCAGUUGGACUAUGGGCUUGGACAGAGAAAGAUACGCUAAACAAUAUUGGACGUCUAACAAAUGUAGCACUGGAUCCGGCAAUGCUCUUCAUCAUCACAGGUGGUGUGAUGUUUGUUAUAGGAUUCGCUGGAUGUGUUGGUGCACUCAGAGAAAAUACCACACUUUUAUUGUUUUUCUGUGUAUGUGUGGGAUUGAUAUUUGCUUUGGAAUUGGUCAUAGGAAUCCUGGCGUUUGUUUACAAAGACUGGGUGCGAGAACAGAUAGAGAGCCAGUUAAACAACAUGAUCAUAAACUACAGAGAUGAUCCAGACCUACAGAACCUUGUUGACUGGGUACAAAAAGACUGGUUAAAGUGCUGUGGUGUAAGUGGCUACAGAAAUUGGGAGAACAAUAUAUAUUUCAACUGUAGUUCACCUGGUGGUGAGGCCUGUGGGGUGCCUUUUUCUUGCUGUAAACCAACUAAUGAGGUUAUAAUAAACAGACACUGUGGGUUUGAUAUGAUGAAACAAGAACAUGAUUAUGAUCGUGCAGUGAAAAUCUACACAGAGGGUUGUAUACCUAAUGGGGAGGCAUGGUUUGACAGGAACUUGAUUCCAGUUGCCUCCGUUGCUGUAGGCAUCGCCGUUCUACAGAUCUUAGGAAUAUGUUUUGCUCACAAUUUACGCAGCGAUAUAAAAGCACAGAUGUCAAGAUGGCGUCAUUGACACAUAACAGGACUUUUCUACAUAUUUUCACCACAGAUGUACACCGAGGAAUAUGGUUUCUGGAGGUCAUCAAGUCAUUAUAUCACCAGUGCAUUUGAAAAGUGGCCCACCUUCCUACAGUCAGUUCCAUAUAACACCCAGCUUUUCUACCUCCCUAAGUGUCUUUUCCUUGAGUUUUUAUCACGAGUCAUUUCUCUUUAACUGCCAUGUGUAUUCCUUCCUGGUAGGUGACCAAAAUGUUGCGUUGUCUGAUAUUAUUCCAGACUGGUUUUCUUUUAGAAUUGUGAUGAAUUUUUGAUCUACUGUGAAAUAAGUUAAUUUUGUGGGCACAAAAUUUCAUGGUUAUCAAAAAGGCCAUUUCAUGGGGAUAUGAAUUCGUGGAAUUCAAAUUUUAAAUAUAGAAUGAAUGGAAAUUUGAUGGACUCAAGCAUGAAUCAAUGCAGAUUAGUCCCCCGCAAAGAUUUAUGUUUUCACAGUAUGAGAAAUGUUUACAAAUUUUUUAUAGUAACCAUGGAUAUAGAGUGUUUAUUCUUAACCACAGUCCUUGAUGGCAUGACUUGUUUGGUUAUUGAAUUAUUUGGAACUUUGAAAAUUAGAUGCAUAUAGCUCAAUUGAUAGAGUAGGUUAUUUAUACAUGAUGUUGAUUUGUGUUAUUGUAAUGUUGAUAUAUAGAAGAAUCCUAAUUAUAUAUAUUACAGAUGUGUGCUAGAUGCCAAUAUGGUUUAUAUUGACAAGUUUUAGAGAAAGAAAAUGCACUCUGUAAUUGUUUACAUGCUAUAUAUUUUUUAUUGCUUUGAAAUAUUAUCAUAUGUUAAAAACAUCUUGUUGCUGAUGCUGCUAUCUAGUAUUUUUAUGGUUUUUAGAAAAUUAUUGAUAGAAAGGGUGGUGAUACAGCUGAAAGACAUGCAUUCGUAAAUAAAUUUUAAAAGAUAAACUGAAUAUUCAUUGUUGUAUGUAAUAACAAUGUAUAUCAAAAAGGAGAGCAUCAUGGUUGUGUAUGUAAAUAAUCUGAUAAAACAAAAUACCAGAAUUGUAACAUCAGAACCCUGCAAUAGAUGCAGUUUACAUCCAUUGUACAUGUGGUCAUUGUAUUAUUGAACAGUCCUUCAACUGUAUACUAGUCAAACUGUCAGUGCAGUUAUCUUAAAGAGUCAUGUCUCCUGAUUAAACAUGGCACACCUCCACGUUAACAUGGCACACCUCCAUAUUAACAUGGCACACAUCCAUAUUAACAUGGCACACCUCCACAUUAACAUGGCAUGCCUCCACAUUAAUGUGGCACGUCUUUAGAUUAACAUUGCACGCCUCAACUUUAACAUGGCAUGCCUCCACAUUAACAUGGCAUGUCUUCAGAUUAACAUGGCAUGCCUCCAGAUUAGCAUGGCAUGCCUUCAGGUUAACAUGUCACACCACCAGAGUAACUUGGCAUGCCACCAGAUUAACAUGGCAUGCCUCCAGAUUAACAUGGCAUGUCUUCAGAUUAACUUGGCAUGCCUCCAGAUUAACAUGGCACGUCUUCAGAUUAACAUGGCAUGUCUUAGUUUUAAAUGGCACACAUAUCAUGAUUAGAAAAUGUCUGUUAAAAAUUACUGGUAGUAAUUAUUAAUAUCAUUGAUUUAUAUUUGUAUAACAAGCUAGUAAAAACAUUUUGAAUACAUGUUAGUAAGAUUUCUAUAAUUUGUCAAAGUAAAAGAUACUACUAUGACAAAUUUUAUUGUAUAUAUGUGUUUUGCCAGCUGAUAGAUUAGUGAAAAUAUACAAAAAACUUACCGGUACUGUAAGCAGUAAGACAUAAAUUCUGUUUAUAAUCCAUAAGGAAAAGAAAUCCAGUUUUAUAUUUGUUUGAAAUCAGUUAAUUUAUAAAAGUUGUAUGUAAUUUAGCACAAGUUGUAUGUAAUUUAGCAUACCGGUACAUACAUACAUACAGAAAUAUAAAAAUAUUUCUAUUUCACUGUUAUGUACUGUAUAUUUGUACCACAGUUCUAGUCAGUUACAUGUAUUCUUCAUGAAUAAUCUGUCUUAACAUUGUUUGAUCCCUUUUUGUUUGAUCACAUUUUAAACUUGCUUCUAAAUAAUUAUGCUGUCUAUCUGUAUUUUUUCACAUUCCAGCAUGCAUUUUAGUAAUUCACGCUGACAUGUAUUCAUAUUUGUAUAGGACAUCAUUUGUUGUUCUUUUCAAGUCAGUAUUUGUAAAACAUAAGAUUUCUCAGCUUUAUUUCAAGGGCUGUCCGUGGCAGAGUGGUUUAGGUCGCUGACUCACGACUCACCCCUCAUUGGUGUUAGUUUACUUGGGAUAUAGAAUUCUUUCAUCCAGAUGGCUUAAAUAGGGGCAGUGGCUCUACCUUGGUGCCAGCCCAUGCCUGAAAUAAUACUUGAGGGGCACAGAGAGUCUGUCUUCACUGUCAAAAACUGGAAAGUUGCCUCAUUAACUAAAAUAGUGUCAGUGUGACAUUAAACCCAACAAAAACAAAAACACUUUAUUUCACAAGCAAGUUUACACAAAACAUAAGUUAGGUGUUGCUGAUAUCAGUUGAUAUUGAACAGGUAUGUAUAGCAACAGAAUAUGCAGUCAAAUAUUAAAAUAACUGUUGAAAAAUAUAAUCAUUUCAGUAGUUCAAGCAUAUUUAAACAGAGAUAUUUUAGCAGCAGUUUAGGCAGUUUACAUUUUAUAGUUACAGGCUUAAGCUAAUCUUGGUCAGAGACCUAAGUUUUUGUUCAAACUUCAUGUUAUAAAAAUUGUUCGCUUAUAAAAUACCAUAUAUGCAUAAUAAUAUGCUUUUUAAACCUUGUGUAUGUUGUUGACUUCGUCAUCCAUUUUGUGGAAUUACUACAACAAUGAGAAUGUUGGUUUGAUUCUUCAGGGAUAAUAAUGUGCUUUGGUUGUAAACUGAAAACUUAACAACUUUCUUGCCGGAUCAUAAAAUACAUGUACUAUAAAUGUUUUACACCUGACAUGAAUACAUUGUGUGUGUAAAUGCAACACAUACUACAACAGGUGCAGCUGGUACUGUCUGGCGUGUUCGUACAUUUUUGACAAUAUUAAACCUAGAUGCAUUUCAUCAAAUGUUUCUUUUUAUUGUUAGAAGUUAUGAGAUAGCUAUUUUAGUUUUAAUGACACUAUUUACACAGUGACUUAUUUGUUAAGUGAUUAUAUUAUUACCCUUUUAUAUACAUUAAUUUCUUUAGUUUCUUGAUUUUGAUACGUAACAUACGAUUAUUUCUUUCUUUCUUGUUAUUUAGUAAAAGUGCAGAUUUUCAGAAUUAAGGAAAAAUAAUGCAGUUCAGAUCAGUAUUUAAAAAGAAACUAAAACCACCAUUUUGUUUUAUGUUGUCAAAGAAACAAAAUGUGUGCCAUUUUAAUCAAUUUAAAUAUUUAACUGUUCAUAAUUUUCUAAUAUUUAAGCAGAUUUUAGAAAUUCUUUUAUUGUCUUAAAAGAUAUAAGAUGUAUUACACAGGAUCAAAAUUAGAACAUUGCAUUUUCCUUUAAAACUGUCUUUCAAUACAUAACAAGAGAGUACUGCAGAAAACAUUUUUCUCCAUGAUAGUAAACUGUUUCAUCAGUUUGUGGUAUUCAUGAAUACAUUUUGUUGGGAAGUGUUUUGUGUUUUGAAAGAUAUAUUUAUGUGCAAGUCUGUGGUAUCAUGUUUAUUGUGUCAGAGGGAUUAAAUACAGUGUAUCACUGUAUUGUUUACCUAUCAUUAACCCUCAUCAUUCUAGACAUAAUUGAUUCUGCCUUUGUGACCAGUGCAGAUCAUGUUCAGUCAGUAUCUUUUUUGUAAGCACCCCUUUUAACAGUUAAUGGUGCUGUGACUGCUGUCCAAAUUGAAAGAUGGACAAGUUCAUUAUAGAAAUUAAGCAGGGUAAGUGUUAACAUGUCACAGGUAUAUUCUAUUUGUUGACUGGAUCUCAGUGUUAGAAUAUCAUCUCUUGUUAUAAUCUUGCCCCAAGAUUCAGUAGUGCAGUUUACACUAUGUUAAUGUACAUUGUAUUAUCUGACCUACAUGUUACACAGCUGAUGUUUAUUUAUAGGCAUAUAUUAUUUGUAUGAAUAUUAUACAGUUUAUAUCCUAGCUAGUUCUGUACAAUGUAUUUUAUAAGAUUUUUAAAAUACUUGGAAACCAUUUUAUUCCGUUGGCAUUAAAGUUUGUAGUUUGACUAAGCCAGCUAUUUCUAGGUGAUAUUAAUUAGUGGAUUUUAUCUGUUUAAGAGAUAUUAAUGGGAGUUUUUAUCCAUUUCUUGCAAUUGAAUUUCAUACCUUAGAUUGACGCAACCUCAAAUUCCAAGUUAAGUAGUCUGUUACAAAUAAUGAUUUCACAGUACAUUUUAUUGUUGGCUUUUUAGAGAGAGUUUAUCAUGUUUAGCGUAUUUAUUUUUGUACGACUCCAUGUAUAUAGUUUGAUGAAGAGUUAUGCUACUAGUACUGUAGGAGAUACAGUAGUGUAGUGCUGCAGUGAUGAAAUGUCAGCAUUUACAGUUUCCGUGUUUACAGGUACAGGUCAGAGAUUUAUACAAUCAGAAGGUGAAAGGUCAAAGUCACUGAAAAUCAAUGAAUGGAUUUUAUCAUUCUGUUCAUAUGAUAAUCUACAUUAGAAUGAGCAUUGUUGGGCAAUUUAAUGCAUAUUUAAUUCUUAGUAUUUAAAAAAGAAAUCUUUCUUUUUUACACUAGUUAAAAUGUUUGUUUAGGUCCAUUUCUCAUGAAAACUAUCAGAUCUAAAGGUUUGAAUUAAUAUGAAGGUCAAGAAUCAUAACUUUCUCUUGCUUUUGUUAGAAUUAUGGCCUUUUUAACUUAGAAAAUAAGUAUUUCUUGAUUAUUCUUGUAUAUUGCCUUACUGUACAUCAAGCAGUUACAGAUGAGUGCUGACGGUGUUCUUGUUAUGCCUUGAUGUGUCAAAGAAAAAUAUUAGUUGCCUGCAUAAAGUUCUUAAAUUAAAAUUAUGAAAAAAGUGUAUAUUAUGAUGUUUCUGCAUGUUGUUUUGAUCAUUGUACAUACUGCAUGGCCAACAAUAAGAUAGCACUGAAUCACCUAUCCAAAUUUCAUUCCAAAGUACAUUUUUCUGAGCACAUUUUGGCAUUUGCUGCAUCCCACAGGGUACUAUUUUUCGAGUUUCUUUGUCCUGAAAUUUUGAUCACAAUACUUAAUAAUAACAUGCAUGAUUUAGGAUCAUUUUUGUCUUCGGUAUUCCAUUUUAUGGUAGUAGUCCAACAUCCGAAGUGCUACUUGUCAUACACUUCUUUCAGUUUCUAGUCCUAAUUUUUUGCCCACCUAAUAUGCUCACUGUCUGCUUUCAUUUUUAUUGAUCAUUGUUCAAACAUUAAACUGUUCACCCAUCCAAACCAGAUCUGUAUGAUCUUUUUAUGAGCUUUAGUUUUACUUUUUAUUUAAAUUUUGUUUACAUUCCUACUACUGUUUAAUUUGGUUGAUAUAGUGUUGUUUGUUUAUACAUAUUUGCCUAUGUAUUGUAUUUUAGCACAUUGUUCAGCACAUGCUAUAGGACCAGUUUUAAAUGCAUUAAACCCGUUUCCCUAUUUUGUUGAAAUGGCAUCUUUACAUCUUACUGGCUUAUUGAAACAAACAGGACCUGGUUUACUUGUGUGAUUGUUAUAUGAAAGAGCAGUAUAUUGAUAAACUUAAGUUCUUUCAAGUCUGUUAGGUAAGGUUCACAAGAGUAUAUUGACAACUGAUUACUAUUUAAGUCUGUUAAAAGUAAUCCUUUUUAUUGGUUAAUACUGCAAAAGCACAAGAUACAAUGACAGUGUAUCAUAUAGUUAUGUCUCCCACCACACGGUGGUGCGGGAGACAUAUUGAUUUACUCCAGUCUGUGUGUGCGUCGGUCUGUCUGUCUUUCACAAAGCUUUUCCGCUCCCUAAGGCGAACAUUUCUCAUCUGAACUUCACCAAACUUGAACAAAAUGUGUUUGACUAUAAGCUCUCGGCCAAGUUUGAUAACUAGCCAAAUCGGCCCAGGCACUUUUGAAUUAUGGCCCUUGAAUUACUGAUUGGAUCCACUCAUCCAGACCUUCUAAUUGAAUCCAUUCAUCAAGACCAUCCAGAGAAACUAGUCAUUUUUUAUAGGGGCUCCAUCUAAUUGAAUCCAUUCAUCAAGACCAUCCAUAGGGGCAGUUGUGGGAGACAUGCGCUUUUUCUCAAAAGCAUCUCUAGUUUCUCAUAAGACUUUGUCUAGUACUACAAAAAUUAUUCAAAGUCUUAUGCAAAAAUAAAAGACUUAUUGUCACAUUUUCAUUUUACAUAUGUUUUUAUGUACCAGUAUAUGUGUGGCAUUAUAAAUCAAUAGAAUAACAAGUAAUUAGAAAUGUAGAUACAAGUGUAAAAUUGCUUUAGACAAAAGUAUCUAAUACAUACUGUAAAAUCAGCUAAUUUCAUAGGCUCAGUUUUGCAGUUUGUGGGGAUAUUAUUUUGUGGGUUUUUAAAUUUUAAAGGUAAUAUAAGAAUGAAUGUGCACUAUUUUAUUUGUUGCAAUUUAAGUCCGAAGUUUAACACAGCCAUGAAAUUUACAAAAAUUUGCUCCUCCCCAACAAAUUUAAUUGAUUUUACAAUACUUGAGAUUGGAGAAGGUAUUUAGUACUUGGGUAUACUUUAUUGUAUAUUGAUCAAUAACUGCCAAAUGUAAAUGGCAAAGUGUAGAUUCAUAUUGACCACCUUUAUUUAGUUUUUAGUUAUUCAGUACCGUUAGACAUUGUGCCAUCAUAUUAUACAGUUUCACGGUAAUGCUGGAAAUGAGUGUGAAAGUGACUUCAGACAUGAAAGAAAAAAUGGGUAAACAAAUUAACAGUAUACUCUUCUAUUAAAUCAGACUUUCAUGGAGAAAAACAAUACACUAUCAGGGAAACAUGAGCUGGUAGAAGUUGCAAAUAGUUCAGGUACAUGUACAUUAAAGGUUAGAUUCAAUUUUUGCUAGUUUUUCUUUUAGGUACUACUAUUUUGGAAGACCUGAAGUAUGUUGCAGGUGUUACUUUUAUACGAGAUGAUUUGGUUGGUCCCAAUAGCAAAGAUAUACUGUAGGGCUUCUGGUUUGAAACAGGAUUUAUCAGGUACAUUCUCAUUGAUUUGAUGCAGAAAAAUAUAAUAUGUAACCAUUCUUGUCUGGUAUAUGUUCAUAGACAAGUUACAUAUAAAAAUGUGUUGGAUAAUUAAGGUUCAGGUAUCAUUCAAAAACAUUAAGGUUGAUUUUAUAAUGCAAUAUAAUGCUUUGAAUACACUGCAUAUUGUAAAAGCAGUACUGUUAUUUUUACUGAUGGUGAAUAUAAGUGUUUUGUAGUAA